ACAGCUCCUCUGCUCUGUGGUUUCCGCCACUCUUCUGCCUGCCCCUCCCCAUAUAACCCCCCAGGAUGCCUGGGCAGGCACUGAGCAGCUACUGCCAUGGGGCCUGGAGUCCUGAGUCCCUGUCUCCUGCUGCUGUGGGCCUGGACCCUCCCAGCUGGCUCUGUCCUGCCCACCGAACUCAGCAAGGCUGAAGUGAUGCGAAUGUUCAAGGAUUUUAUGAUUCAGUUCAACAGAACCUACAGGAGCCCCGCAGAGCAGCGCAGACGCUUUGGGAUCUUCACGCGGAGCCUGCUCGCGGCGCGGCAGCUGCAGGAGACGGAGCUGGGCACGGGGCAGUACGGGGUGACCCGCUUCAGCGACUGGACAGAUGAGGAGUUCCGGGGGAUGUUCCGGAGCCCCCCGCCCCCCACCAUGCACCAGGCCCCCCAGCUCCCGAGGAAGAAGCUGCCCCUGUCCUGCGAUUGGAGGAAGGCGGGUGCCGUGACCGCCGUGAAGAACCAGGUAGGCGAUAAGUGCCGCUCCUGCUGGGCCUUCGCUGCCGUUGCCAACAUCGAGUCCCUCUGGAACAUCCACUUCCACCAGCCCCGGAACCUCUCGGUGCAAGAGGUGUUGGACUGCAGCUGGUGUGGAGCGGGGUGCAAAGGGGGCUACGCAUGGGAUGCCUUCACUACGGUGCUGCACAAGCGUGGGCUGACCAGCGAGGAUGCCUACCCCUACACAGGGAGACAGGAGACAUGCCACAACCUCAAUGAGCCGGCUGCCUAUAUCCAGGGCUUCCAGACCCUACCUGGAGAUGAAGAGGAAAUAGCUGCACACGUCGCAAGCACAGGCCCAAUCACAGUUACCCUGAACUCAGCUGUCAUGAAGAAUUAUCAAAAUGGCAUCUCCCAGCCCUCGGUGAUGAGCUGCAGUCCAGACCAGAUGGAUCAUGUUGUCCUGCUGGUUGGCUACGGGCAUGAGAAGAAAAUGCAGUACUGGAUCAUCAAGAACUCCUGGGGGGAAGACUGGGGAGAGGAGGGCUAUUACCGUCUCCAUCGUGGCAGUAACGCCUGCGGCAUCACCACAUUCCCUAUAACAGCCACAGUCCACCGCGUUGGGGCUCCGGGACAUGAAGUCCACUCUACUGCCAUGGGGCCUGGAGUCCUGAGUCCCUGUCUCCUGCUGCUGUGGGCCUCGGCCCUCCCAGCUGGCUCUGUCCUGCCCACCGAACUCAGCAAGGCUGAAGUGACACGAAUGUUCAAGGAUUUUAUGAUUCAGUUCAACAGAACCUACAGGAGCCCCGCAGAGCAGCGCAGACGCUUCGGGAUCUUCACGCAGAGCCUGCUCGCGGCGCGGCGGCUGCAGGAGACGGAGCUGGGCACGGGGCAGUACGGGGUGACCCGCUUCAGCGACUGGACAGAUGAGGAGUUCCGGGGAAUGUUCUGGAGCCCCCCGCCCCACACCAUGCACCAGGCCCCCCAGCUCCCGAGGAAGAAGCUGCCCCCUUCCUGCGAUUGGAGGAAGGCGGGUGCCGUGACCGCCGUGAAGAACCAGGGCGAUAAGUGCAGCUCCUGCUGGGCCUUCGCUGCCGUUGCCAACAUCGAGUCCCUCUGGAACAUCCACUUCCACCAGCCCCGGAACCUCUCGGUGCAAGAGGUGUUGGACUGCAGCUGGUGUGGAGUGGGGUGCAAAGGGGGCUACGUGUGGGACGCCUUCACUACGGUGCUACACAGGCGUGGGCUGACCAGCGAGGAUGCCUACCCCUACACAGGGAGAAAGGAGACAUGCCACAACCUCAAUGUGCCGGCUGCCUAUAUCCAUGGCUUCCAGACCCUUCCUGGAGAUGAAGUGGAAAUAGCUGCACACGUCGCAAGCGCAGGCCCAAUCACAGUUACCCUGAACUCAGCUGUCAUGAAGAAUUAUCAAAAUGGCAUCUCCCAUCCCGCGGUUAAGAACUGUAGUCCGGACCACGUGGAUCAUGUUGGCCUGCUGGUUGGCUACGGGGAAGAUGUGAAGGAAGGGCAGUACUGGAUCAUCAAGAACUCCUGGGGGAAAGGCUGGGGAGAGGAGGGCUAUUACCGUCUCCAUCGUGGCAGUAACGCCUGUGGCAUCACCACAUUCCCUGUAACAGCCACCGUCAACAGUGUUGAGGCUCCGGGACAUAACGUCCCCUGCCCCCGCUGAAGGAGGAGGUGCUGCUGCUGCCGAGAGCCUGCUGACUGCCUGCCAAGACCCCUGCCACCACCAAGACAGAACUAACUGGGGCCACGGGCCUUCCCUGGGUGAUGGGGGAAUGAAUUCGAUACUCAGAGUGCUCUAGCUCCAUCCCCACAGGUACCCAGAGCUGGGCUCGGCCCUUCCAGCAACACUGCCUCCACGCGAAUGCUCCUUCCCUUUGCUGCAGCAGCGAAAGUGUCCUGUGAAACUGCCAUUAAACUGCUUUUA